AUGGGGGACAAGGCGGUGGUGGUAGGAGUUGUGGACGACAUUGGGGAGGGAAUGCAAUGCAUGGAUCACCCUUACCGUAGCAACACCGGUGGCGUGUGCGCCUUCUGCCUGCAGGAGAAGCUGGGCAAGCUGGUGUCCUCCUCCAAGUCCAGCCCCUUCUUCUCCCUCCAGCCUCCUCCUUUCUCCUCUUCUUCCUCCCCCACCUCCUUCAGCUCCGACGCCGGAGUCGUCGUUGGCGACGCUCUAGGGAUCGGCUCCGGCCACUCACGGACCGGUCCCGCCGGCGCUGGGCGUAGGACCAAGUUCUCCUUUCUGGCCGCCAGCCACAGAGAGAAGAAGAAGAAGAAGAACGGGUGCGCCGGCGGCGGCUAUGGGAGUGGCGGAAGGAAGGUGAUGGCCUCGAUCGCCACCACGACUAACGUUGCGUCUGAUUCUGCCUCCGCGUGUGACGACACCGGAGUUGUUCUGAAGCGGAGCAAGUCUGUGGAACCGAGAAUGGCUGGAGGCCUGAUGCAGGGCGGUGGUGGCAGCGGUACUGCAGACGCCGUCGUGGCGGAUAGCCCUAGGAAAAAGAGCUUCUGGUCGUUCCUCUAUCUCUCAUCCGCCUCUUCCACCUACACUUCUUCGGCCGCUAACAACUGCGGUAACAGCGGCAACGUCUACAGAAGGAGAUCUACCUCCUCCUCAGUCGAGGGAGGUGGCAGAGACAUCACUAGCAAGCAGCAGCAGCAGCAAACCAGUUCAGCAACAGCCGCCGCCAGGCAAGGUGGAAACAGCGGGGAGGAGGCGGAGAGCCCGAGCGGCAGCCAAGCAUCGUCCUCGCUGGGGAGGAAGGUGGCCAGGUCCAGAUCGGUAGGCUGCGGCAGCAGGAGCUUUUCGGGGGACUUCCUGGAGCGCAUUUCCACCGGCUUCGGCGACUGCACCCUCAGGAGAGCCGAGUCCCAUCGCGAGGCGAAGUCCAAGAUCGUCCUCCACCUGGACCAGCACCACAACAACGGGGAACAGCAGCAGCGGUCGACGACGAAGGAGCGGGUCAAGUGCGGCGGCCUCUUCGGGGGGUUGGCGCUGACGUCGGCCGCGGCCGACGACGACUUCAAUAGCAACAGAAGGAUCUCGGCGGCCGCCGCCGCCGCGGCGGUGCACGGAAGCCGGACCAGGAGCUGGGUCUGGGCCUUCGCAAGCCCAAUGAGAGCCUUCAGGCCUUAUUCCUCGUCCUCUAAACCCCUUCACGGCAUCAACAAAGCUUCUGCUGCGCCAGCAACCAACAUCAUCUCCUCCAUCAAUGCCAGCAACGACAUGUUUAACAAAGGGAACACCAAACUCCGCGGUAAUCCAUCGUCCCUUGCCAUCGAAAGCUAG